AUGGUUGACCGAACCAAUAAAAAGGGUCAGGCAUUACAACAAGCCAAUCAUUUGAGAUGGCCGAAGUCGCAAUUACAUACUUGGGUAUUCUGGGUAUUAUCGAUUCGGGUUCUUCAUUCUAUUGACCGUGUCUCUAAAGAAACGAAAAACUUGAGAAAAUACUUGACGACUAACGAAUUAGAAGAGUCAGCGCAAGAA